GUGAGAGAACGAAUGACAGCGGGGGGAACAACGGAACAACCACCACCAUCGCAGACGGCAGCUUGCAAAGAAGAUCAAGGGCUUGCGCCUGUUUGACAACACAGUAUACACCGCGACGUAGUGUUUUGUAUGCACAGGUGAUCGAACUCCUGUGCUCGCAGUCGUCUACAGCAAGCGGAGAUGUCAAGCGCAGUUUAUAGGGCCCUGGUCGGAUCCGUGGACAAACAUGUUCCGACAAACAUGCGGCCCCUCUGGGAGCAUCCUGCCGGCCCGAAAACAGUCUUCUUCUGGGCUCCGGUUUUCAAAUGGUGCCUUGUCAUCGCAGGCCUCGGAGACCUCAAGAGACCGGCAGAAAAGCUAUCGAUCACGCAGAGUUCGGCACUGGCAGCCACGGGAAUCAUCUGGAGCAGAUAUUCGUUGGUCAUCAAGCCGAAGAAUUACGCCCUAUUCACCGUGAAUUUAUUCGUUGCGGCAACGGGCCUCUAUCAACUAGGUCGCGUAGUGAAAUACAAACAAGAGCAAAAAGCUCUUCGAACUUCGGCAGCUCAGUGAAACGCACAAAGCGCUCCAAGUCGGGAAGCUGCGAGAGUGAUCGGACGGAGGGAAAGCGAAAUUCCUCGAGGGAAACUGCCACCAUCGUAGCAACUGCCGAUCGUAAUCUAAGCGCGAACCUAUGGUUGAAUCACCCCACGCUCGAGCCCCUCUCACUGGUAAACCACCGGAGGCCUCUUGCGUGGUUCGAGUAAAACAGAUUCAAAGUCGGUCCAUGCGUGAGUUCUGCCCGAGUUCCGCUCUCAGUCAUAAGGCAGAAUGAGCUGAACAUCGUUAUGUAGUUUCAAAUUUUGCUUCCUGUUCUAGCUCAGUCCCCCUGGAUGAGUUCACUCUUCGAACUUAUUUGGCGAUGCGAAAGCGGAGCUGCUUGUUAAAAUCGAGAGUGUUCCAUGCUCUCUUAGGCGUCAAUGACGGAGUGUUUUCAGGAUACAAUAAAGGAUUUCGGUUGCUGAUGGAGAGAAAGAA